AUCCUUAAGCCUUUGCAAGGCUCUGCAGAGCAGUGGGGCUGUCCCGGGAAUGGAUGUGCUUUUCCUUUGCUGUACCGAGGGGGUGAAUCAGCCCUUGUGUUGCUCAAGGUAGUUCCCUGGGAGCAAAGGGCAAAAAGGAAGAGAUAAAAUGAAGAGGAAAUGUCUCUGGUGUGCGGGUUCACAGGAUUCCUCUGCUGAACUGAUGUGUGAAGACAGAUCCCUUCCCAGCAUCCCCUUCCUGGGAGCCUCUGGCUGGUCUUCAAAACCCAGAAACCAAGGGGAAAGCGGUAAAAAAAUAUCUUCAGCAACUCCUACCUCUGGACCGCGGCCUCUCUCGGCUGCCAGGUUCUCCUUCUCUGCCUGUUUGCUUCGAUCCAACUCGAUGGUAAUCUGAACCGAGCAAGAUGAGGCUGCGAGACUUUCUACUCACUUUGCUGAUCCUGGCUGCCUUCCUGGGGGGGGCCUCGUGGGCUCAGCGCCCAGAAAUCACCUCCCGGGUGGCAAACGCAGAAGACUGCCCUGUGGACCUGUUCUUCGUCCUGGACACCUCAGAGAGCGUUGCCCUGAGGGUGAAGCCCUUUGGGGACCUGGUUGCCCAGGUGAAAGAUUUCACCAACCGGUUCAUUGACAAGCUGACAAACAGGUACUACCGCUGUGACCGCAACCUGGUGUGGAAUGCUGGGGCACUGCACUACAGUGACGAGGUCGUGCUCAUCAAGAGCCUUACCGCGAUGCCCAGGGGCCAGAAUGAGCUGAAGAACCGUGUCUCAUCUGUGAACUACAUUGGCAAGGGCACCUACACCGACUGUGCCAUAAAGCGAGGCAUUGAGGAGCUGCUUGUCAGUGGCUCACAUCACAAGGAGAAUAAAUACCUAAUUGUGGUGACUGAUGGACACCCCUUGGAAGGUUAUAAGGAGCCCUGUGGAGGCCUGGACGAUGCUGCCAAUGAAGCCAAACAUCUGGGAAUCAAAGUGUUCUCCGUUGCUAUCUCCCCUAACCACCUGGACCAGCGGCUCAACAUCAUCGCCACAGACCAUGCCUACCGGCGCAACUUUACUGCCACCAGCCUGAAGCCAACCCGAGAGCUCGAUGUGGAGGAAACCAUCAACACCAUCAUUGACAUGAUUAAACUUAACACAGAGCAAUCGUGCUGCUCUUUUGAGUGCCAGCCUCCCCGAGGGCAGCCUGGCCCUCCUGGUGACCCAGGCAGUGAGGGAGAAAGAGGCAAGCCAGGUCUUCCUGGCCAGAAAGGAGAAGCUGGAGACCCAGGCAGGCCAGGGGACAUGGGACCUGUUGGCUACCAAGGAAUGAAGGGUGACAAAGGAACUCGGGGAGAUAAGGGCUCAAGAGGAGCCAAAGGGGCCAAGGGUGAGAAAGGCAGGCGUGGAAUUGAUGGCAUCGAUGGCAUGAAGGGUGAAGCUGGAUACCCAGGGUUACCUGGCUGCAAAGGCUCACCGGGAUUUGACGGAGCUCAAGGCCCAUCUGGACCAAAGGGAGAUCCUGGUGCUUAUGGACCCAAGGGAAGGAAGGGGGAGCCUGGGGAUGAUGGAAAGCCUGGCCGACAAGGGAUUCCUGGCAGCCCCGGAGAGAAGGGCAUGCCUGGAAACCGGGGCGAGCCUGGACCAACAGGAGAGACAGGUGAUGAGGGUGCUCCAGGUGUGGAUGGUCCUCCUGGAGAACGGGGCAGCAAUGGAGAAAGAGGUCCCCCAGGCUCGCCAGGUGACCGUGGGCCAAGAGGACAGCUGGGAGAGCCUGGACCACCUGGUGAUCAAGGGCGGGAAGGACCCCUCGGACCACCUGGUGACCAGGGUGAGGUUGGACCCCCAGGACCCAAGGGCUACAGAGGAGAUGAUGGCCCCCGUGGCAACGAGGGCCCAAAAGGAUUGCCUGGAGCACCUGGGCUGCCUGGAGAUCCUGGCCUGAGAGGGGAAAGGGGGGAGGAUGGCCCUCCUGGGAAUGGCACAACUGGAUUCACAGGUGCCCCGGGACAGCCAGGAGACAGAGGUGACCCUGGCAUUAAUGGAACAAAAGGCUAUGUUGGUCCUAAGGGUGAUGAAGGAGAAGCUGGAGACCCUGGCAAUGAUAAUCCAGUCUCUGGCCCCAGGGGGAUAAAAGGGGCAAAGGGCCACAGAGGACCUGAAGGCCGCCCGGGACCACCAGGACCUGUGGGGCCUCCAGGACCAGAUGAAUGUGAAAUCUUGGACAUCAUCAUGAAGAUGUGCUCUUGCUGUGAGUGCACCUGUGGCCCCGUCGACCUCCUCUUCGUGUUGGACAGCUCAGAGAGCAUUGGCCUGCAGAACUUCCAGAUUGCCAAGGACUUCAUCAUCAAAGUCAUUGACCGCCUGAGCAAGGACGAGCGUGUGAAGUUUGAAUCUGGAGAGUCUCGUGUGGGUGUUGUGCAGUACAGCCAUGGCAACACACAGGAGCUGGUGGCCAUGGGCGAUGCCAACAUAGACAACAUCGGGGCACUCAAACAGGCAGUCAAGAACCUGAAAUGGAUAGCUGGGGGGACCUUCACUGGAGAAGCCCUGCAGUUCACCAAGGAGAACCUGGUGCGGAGAUUCACCUCUGACAAGCGCGUUGCCAUCGUCAUCACAGACGGACGUUCUGACACACUAAGGGAUCCUACCCCACUCAACUCUCUGUGUGAUGUCACCCCGGUGGUUUCCCUUGGAAUAGGAGACAUUUUCCGUAACCCUCCGAAUCCAGAUCACCUGAAUGACAUUGCUUGUUUGAGCAGACCGACCAGACCAGGACUGUCCAUUCAAAGGGACAACUAUGCAGAGCUCCUGGAUGAUACCUUCUUGCAGAACAUCACCUCAUACGUCUGCCAAGAGAAGAAAUGUCCAGAUUACACCUGUCCAAUCACCUUCGAGGGGCUGGCAGAUAUCACACUGCUGGUGGACAGCUCCACCAGUGUGGGGAGCAAGAACUUUGAGACCACCAAGAAGUUUGUGAAGCGGUUGGCGGAGCGGUUCCUGGAGGCCGGCAAGCCUGCUGACGACUCUGUGCGCGUCUCAGUGGUCCAGUACAGCGGCAAGAACCAGCAGAAAGUGGAGGCUCAGUUCCAGCACAACUACACAGUCAUCGCCAAGGCCAUCGACAACAUGGAGUUCAUCAACGACGCCACGGACGUCAAUGCCGCUCUGCGGUACGUCACGGGGCUGUACCAGCGGUCGUCCCGUGCUGCGGCCAAGAAGAGGGUGCUGGUGUUUUCUGAUGGCAACUCUCAAGGGAUCACUCCAAGGGCCAUUGAGAGGGCUGUGCAGGAAGCUCAGCAGGCUGGCAUUGAGAUCUAUGUGCUGGCAGUGGGCAGCCAAGCCAACGAGCCCAACAUCCGUGUCCUGGUCACAGGGAAGAGCGCAGAUUAUGACGUGGUCUAUGGGGAGCGCCACCUCUUCCGCGUGCCUGAUUAUACUUCUCUGCUGCGAGGCGUCUUCUACCAAACUGUCUCCAGGAAGAUAGCUGUUGACUGAGCAUCUGGAUGGGUUUCAGCCAUCCUAUAAAUGAAAACCAAUCAACAACAACAAAAAAUUAACAGUAUUCUUGACCAACCUGAGGAAUUUGUGCCUAUGCAGAUAGCCAUAGUGGCUGGGCAUAGUCCCCUUCCUUCUUCCCCUGCUUCAUCAUCUGUAUCUCUACUCUCUUAGCCUCAAAUUUCUCUCCCUGCCCGUGACUGCGUCUCUCUCCCCACAAGAGGCAAACACAAGCACUCCUAGCAAUAAGCUGCCAGAACACCAAUAGCAACCUCUCAUCCCAUUUUUUGUUGCCAACGAUCAGGAUGAGGAAUUUUGUACCACUAACAACUAGCCUGGUCUCAUAAGGAUGGUCAUGUUCCUUUCAGAUGCAGGUCUUUUUGUGCCUUUGUUUCUUUCAUACAUCAGCUGAGCACUUGGCCCAGCUCACAGUGGUCCUGACCCAACACUGUGCAUCAAGUGACACAUUCAACACUUCAGCAAGCUUUGAGAGGGGAUCAUUGUCAUGGCUGGCAAGUUUGGUUCAUAUCUCCUGUGCUUGUGAGGGCAAGAAUGAACUGCAUUACUCAAGUCAGGUAGAACUAUCUCUGGCCUUCAGUGCUGUGGGAUGGGGCACUGAUUAUCCAGGGCUGGAGUGGAGGUGGGUGGUAGAACAUCCCUCAGUGGUUACACUCCCACUCGAGGCAGGGAGGGUAGGCACUGACCAGAUGAAAGAUGGACAGCAUCCACUGGGGAGGGGGUAAACCCUAGAAGAAGGUACGUAACUGCACUCCUUCACUAACUGAUCUCACGGUCCUACAGUGAAACCAGGAACCUCAUGAAUAACCUGAUGACUUGUGUUGUAGUCUAAGGCCCAUGCUGGAAAAAUCCCUCUGAGCCCAGUUAGUGGGGUUCUCUUUCUUUCUUUCUUUCUUGUUAAGUGCCAAGCUGUCUAAUCCCCAGUGACCUAUCUGGGGCUACCAUUUCUAGAGGAACAUCUAGGAGAUAGGCACUCAGGCCCCAUGGAAACCCACUACUUGUACUAUAUAUUGAUUUAGGGCCUCAUCCACCACCCAGCAAAGUCAAGGGAAAUGCUGCCAUUAUCUGCUGGGGUCUUUGACUCACACCCUGCAGAUGUACUGACAAAGGUGCUAUCACUACAUGUCUAAUGCAGGCCCUUGGUGUUUACACAGUUGUUUCCAGGACCACGCUGAAGAUGUGGUUUGACUGGGUGAGACUUUGUUUCAGUGCUUCCAUUGGUGCUCUUGCUAAGAAUUCAUGCGCUCUGAGAAAGCAAUGGCGUUUGCCAGGUACUGGCACCCCAAACUCCUUACUCUGUAUCCAAACCCCCAUUGUCCAUGGUAGUUUUGUUUUAUGCCUGUGUUUUACUAAAAUUGUUCACUUUGAAAAGUUGUUGAAUAAAUUGUUUUCCACAGUCUCA